UUUGUGUUCGACUGCGCAAGUGACGUGUAAGCUGCUUUCGUCCGCACCUUAUAAUUAUUUCCUUCAGGGAAACCCAAAAAAGCUCAAAAUGAGCUUCAAACGCGAUAAAAAGGAGGAAGAGGAUAGCGGCGGGAACCCAUACCAGAACUUGGACAAGACUAUAAUCCUGCAAGAAGCGAGAUAUUUCAAUCAAUCUCCUGUGAAUCCUCGAAAAUGUUGCCUUAUUUUGACGAAAAUCCUGUAUUUACUGAACCAAGGAGAGCAGAAGUUCACUACACAGGAAGCUACAGAAGCAUUCUUCGCUACAACAAAGCUGUUUCAGUCAAAAGAUGUGAUGUUACGGCGUAUGGUGUAUUUAUGUAUCAAGGAGUUGAGUACGUUGGCUCAAGAUGUGAUCAUAGUGACUUCUUCGCUGACCAAAGACAUGACUGGAAAGGAGGAUUUGUACCGAGCGGCUGCUAUAAGAGCCUUGUGCAGUAUUACUGAUAGUACGAUGCUGCAAGCCAUCGAAAGGUACAUGAAACAAGCAAUUGUUGAUAAGAACUCCGCCGUCAGCUCUGCGGCGCUGGUUUCCGCUCUCCAUCUAUCGUCGACAGCCCCAGACUUAGUCCGCCGAUGGGCUAAUGAAGCUCAGGAAGCCAUCAGCUCCGAGAACGCAAUGGUCUCCUACCACGCUCUGGGUGUGGUCGCCGGCUCCAGAAAGAACGACAAGUUAUCAACUGUGAAACUAGUGACGCGGUUGGCUAGGUCUCCCUUAAAGUCCCCCUACGCACUAUGCCUCCUCAUCCGUUUAGCAGCUCAGUUAGUUGAAGAUGAUGAUUCCGAUGCAGCACAACCCUAUAUCGAGUUUAUUGAGUGCUGUCUCCGUCAUAAGUCAGAGAUGGUCAUCUAUGAAGCUGCCCAUGCUAUUGUCAAUUUAAGGAAGACGGCAAGAGAUCUCGCUCCAGCUGUCUCAGUCUUGCAACUCUUCUGCGGUUCUUCUAAAGCGUCUCUAAGGCUCGCUGGAGCAAGGACCCUCGCGAGGUUAACAGCCAAACACCCAACUGCAGUUGCAGCUUGUGCAGUUGACCUUGAGAAUCUCAUCUCUGAUCCUAAUCGCUCCGUAGCCACUCUAGCAGUGACUACGUUGUUAGCAACGGGCGCUGAGAGCUCGGUCGACAGACUGAUGAAGCAAAUAUCCAGUUUUGUCUCCGAAAUAUCGGAUGAGUUCAAAAUUGUCGUCGUCCGAGCUAUCCGGCGUUUGUGCACCAAGUUCCCGAGGAAGCAUCAGUCGUUGGCUGCUUUCUUGGCUGGUAUGUUACGUGAUGAAGGUGGUCUAGAAUACAAGGCAGCUAUUGCUGACGCUAUCAUCGCUUUAGUUGAGGAAAACGCUGAAGCGAAGGAGACAGGUCUUGCUCACCUCUGCGAGUUCAUUGAGGACUGUGAACACACGGCUUUGGCUGUUCGCAUCCUACAUUUACUUGGACGAGAAGGGCCAAAAUCCCGUCAACCGUCACGGUACAUACGAUUUAUCUACAACCGAGUGAUUUUGGAGUCUGGCCCUGUUCGCGCGGCCGCUGUCUCCGCUGUGGCGCAAUUUGGAGCUCAAAGACCAGAGCUCUUGCCAAAUAUCAGCGUCUUGCUAGCCCGGUGCCAACUUGAUGAGGAAGAUGAAGUCAGGGACAGAGCGAUUUACUAUAGUGCGAUUCUAGAUACUGGAGACCAACAGUUGAUUAACGACUACAUCGUCAACGUCCCGAAACCGAAUCCAGUUUUGUUAGAAAAGGCCUUGAGAGACCAUCUAGCGACGACGCCUGAUGAUCCCUUCAACUUAUUAUCAGUACCGGCUGAAGAAGAGGCCAAGGAAAGUAAGGAACCAAUCGUUGAAAUUGAGAUUCGGAAACCUAUCCAGAUGUCCAUUGAGGAAAUAUACGGUGAACAGCUGGCAAAGAUACCAGGAAUCGAAAGACUGGGAGCUCUAUUCAAGACGAAUUUGCCGAUCGAUUUAACCGAAGCAGAGACUGAGUACAGGGUGCGUUUAAUCAAGCACAUUUAUGCGAGACAUGUUAUCUUUCAGUUUGAAUGUGUUAACACCCUUAGCGAUCAACUGCUAGAACAUGUUAGCGUGAAACUUGAAGUACCUGGAGAAUAUGAGGUUAAGACCGUAGUGCUAUGCGAAAAAUUGGCCUAUGACAAACCUGGAAGCGUCUUCCUCGUUGUGGAGUACCCUUGCGUCUUCCUCGACAGUCUUGCAACCUUCGGGGCUACUUUAGAGUUCUUGGUACGCGAUUGUGACCCCACCACAGGUAUACCAGACCCAGGCGAAGGGUAUUCCGAUUCCUAUCCCUUGGAGGAGUUCGAAAUGACUUGUGCUGAUCAGAUCCGAGCGAGGGCAGGGUCUGAUGAUUGGGAACAGACUUGGGAAAGGGUUGCGAAUGCCCCUGAGGCUAGUGAGACGUUUGUGCUGUCUCAAAAUGAUGUUACUGAGGCUGCUAAAGCGGUUUGUGAGCAUCUAGGGUUGCCUAAAGCUGCCAUUGUGGGAGAUGCGGUGAAAGAAAUCCGUGGAGGUGGAAUUUUCCGGGGCGGAGCACCUGUACUGGUUAGGGCUCGUCUCGCGGCCGCUGGCAACGCCGUCACCAUGAAAUUAGUCUCCAGAUCCCCUCGAGAAGAUGUCGCCCAACUUCUCCUAGCUGCUAUUGAGUAAAUGAUCCAAAAUAGACUUUAAAAUUCCAUUCUUAAGGUUCAAUUUCAUAGAUGUUGCUUGGUAUCCUAUAGCUGUCUUUUCGCACUGCCUAUGUUAGAAAGAGACAAAUAUGUAAUAAGCAAUAUCUAUUAUCUUAGUCUUAAACCAGGUUCAGUAAUAUAUUUUGUAUGGAGCUUAUGGCCCAGUGCACACCGGAGAAGGCGCGGCGAAGAUAAUGACAAUAAAUCAAUUAAAAUUAAACCUUAAAUACUAUUACAUACGAAUAAAAACGGCUUGCUAAAGAUGUUUGACGAAGUACCGCGUGUCUCUCAUCUUUGGCAUGCCAUUAUCAUCCGUAUAUCAUAGUAGAUAAGAUUUAUAUUAAAAUUGAUUUAUUAUCAGUAUCCACACCGCGCCUCCGCCGGUCUGCGCUGGGCCUAUGUCAAAAUUCUAUCUCUAGUUAGUAAAUGUAUACAAAAAUGUUAUUGAGUCUAGUUUUUUAUGUAUUUUAGUUG